AUGAAGCCAUACCAGCUCCUCCGCACCUCCCCCUACCUCCGCACCGCCCUCCAACAAACCUUCACCACCGCAUCCCGAACCCGGCCACCCCACCCUCCCCCCCUCAUCAACACCCUAACCCGCACCGCCCCCCGCCGCCGCCCCCUCUUCAACCCCCUCACCCGCGCCCCGCCCCGCCGCCCCUACUCCACCGACCCGCCGAAACCCGCCCCCCCCCACUCCCCGACCGCCUCCCCGCCCUCCCUCUCCCUCUCGCAGCGCCUGCGGAAGCUGUCCCGCGAGUACGGCUGGUCGGCCUUCGGCGUCUACACGCUGCUCUCGGCGCUCGACUUCCCCUUCUGCUUCGCCGCCGUGCGCUACCUGGGCACGGACCGGAUCGGACGCUACGAGCACGUGGUCGUCGAGCGGGUCAAGGGCGCGGUCCCGGAGUCGGUCCGGGAGGCGUGGCGGACGCGGACGCCGGCGGAGGGGACCGGGGUCGAGGGGUAUGCGGCCGUGACGGGGGAUGGUGGGGUGGGGGUUGGGGUCGCGGGGUAUGACCACGGGGUGAAGGAGGCGGAGAAGAGGAACGAGAGCGAGAAUGCUAGUAUCUGGACGCAAUUGGCGCUGGCGUAUGCGAUCCAUAAGAGUUUCAUAUUCAUCAGGGUACCGCUCACGGUUGCUGUCACUCCCAAGGUCGUCAAGGUGCUCAGAGGAUGGGGGUGGGAUAUAGGGAAGAGGAGACCGAAAGGGGCGAAAUGA